AUGUUCGGAAAGAAACAUGAGGUUCCAUUUUUCAAUUUGAGCUUAAAUUAUGUUUUUUUAUUUCAGGCUUAUGCAUAUCUAUUUUACCAGCCAGUACCCGUAGAAGAAUUGAAACUUUUCGAUUAUUAUGAUAUAAUCAAACACCCAAUGGACAUGGGAACCAUCAAGAGCAAGUUGGAGAGCGGCCAGUACACGGAAGCCGAAGAAUUCGAAGCCGAUUUCCGAUUGGUUCGUGUUUUUGGAAAGAUGGGAGAAUUUUACAAAAAAAAAUAAUAGGAUAAAAAAUGCCUUGUCUUUCGAGAGAGGAAAUAGGGUUUUUAAAAUGAUAAAACUAGAAAAUAAAUUUCCGGAGUUUUGACCACUUUCAGUUGCUGGAAAUAGGGUUUCUAAUGUUUUAUGUUCGAUUUGGAGUCUUUUCAAGGGGUAUUUUUUUGAAAUGGAGAAAAGAAGCAUUUAAAAAAAUUCUUAGCAAUAUUUUUUCUUAAAAAUCAAGUAAAAAAAAAUUUUUGACCAUUUUCAGAUGCUAAACAAUUGUUUCACAUACAAUCCGCGUGACGAUCCCGUACACAAAUGUGGUCGACAGCUUUUGGAAGUUUUCGAGCAGAAGGUAUAAUAUCCAAAAAGUUUUAAUAUUCUUCCCCCUUUUUAGUGGAAAGAAGCUCCAUGGCGAAAAGUGAAGUCGGAAGUGAAAUCGGAAGUGAAAUCGGAAGUUAUUUCUGAGGAAAUUCGGCCUUCUUCGGAAAAUGGAUCGUCGCGAUUGGAUAUGUGCCUCAAAAUGGUGAAUCAAAGCUGAGAAUAAUCAAAAUAAUAAAUUCGAAAAAAGGAGGUUACCAAAAAAAAAAUCAUAUAGUUUUAAUGAAGCCAUUUAUUCACGUUUUACUUUCUUCAAAAAUUGAUUGAAUUGCUUGAUUUUAAUUUUUGUAAAGUUUGAAAUUAAUUUUUCCAGAUCAAUGAUGAAGAAACUCGUAUUCGAGCCAGGCUGAGGGAAUUGGAAACGCUGAAGGAUAAGGUAAAGAGCGCGAAAUCGAAGCUUUUGUGUCGCAUUUGGAAUGGUUAGGCUCGUUCGAUUCGGAGCGGCUUUCGCGCGGUAUCGUAGAAAUGUUUAAUAGACGCUAUGUUUGAAACCGCAACGCUUGAAGCCAUUCCAAGUGCGACCAAGAAAAAUUAGAAAAGACAAAAAGUUUCAAUCUACAGUGUGUUUGAAGUCAAUCCUAGCGAUUUUCAAGUUUGUAGCAAAAAAAAAAUGCCCAAACCCAUCUGUUCAGCCCGUCCGGCUUUCACUGUAGGUUUAAAUUCUGCAUACACCGAUCGAGGUUUUAGGCGAUAUCUCCGUUAAUAACGAGUUUUUUGUACGGAAAACAAUUUUGAAGAAAAACACUAUUAGAAGAUUUAAAGAGAUAAAUUUAUUCUUAAUAAUGAAGUUUUUGCAAACGACCGCAAGUCUUGAAAAAAAUCUCGGAUUGCCUAUUUCGUGAAAUCAUUUCAAAAAGGAAAAAUUGUAACUUUUAAACUCGCCGAAGUUAAAUCGAACACGGGGUCAGGAGAAGAGAACUUUUUCUGAAAUGAGACAAAAAUGGCUCCAGAACAAAAUUAAAGUGUGCUGUUCGGCAGCCAUUUUUACGCCCCAAUGAAGAUUUUUUCCUUUUUGAAUCUCGUUUUCUGUAAAGCGCGCCACUUCGAAAUUUUUAAAUUAGCCGUGGAGCAAACUUGCUUCGAAUGUAAAUUUUCAAAAUUCCUUGUCGUUUCCAUCCGCGAUCAAAGUUACAUUGAGAAUAUUGAGCGAACGCAGUUAAUCAGACUUGCUUAAAAAUUUUAGAAAUGAACCUUGUUUGGUUUUCCGUUUCGUCGAAAUAAAUGUAUAGAAUACAAUAGAAAAUUCUAGAAUCAGCUUAAUAUAAGCGUUAUGUCCAACAGUUUUUCAAUAUAUACUGUAUUGGAGCAACAGAGAUUUUUUACACGAUUUUUUUGAAACAUUUUCCGUUUUUCCGAUGAAGACACUAUCCAUAAGAACAAUUUUUAAAGGUUCAUGGAGCGAAAAGAGUCUGUGCCGAUGGAGCGGAGAAGAGGAAAGUGGCAGAAUUGAUCCAGGCGAUGGAAAAGGCUUGCCAGCAAGUGAUCUCCCCGGCCAAUAACAAUGAAUUCUAUACGAACGGGGCCAAGAGUGAACCAGCGGUUAGUUGAGGCCAAUCCCAUUGGGUUUCAUUAAUUUUUCAUUUUCAGACCUUUUCGUCGAAAACGGCUCGGAAGGUGAGUUUACAAAAAAGGCCUUUAAGCAAUUCUUCCUAUGAAACUUUCUAUUUCCAGGCCUCUAAGUCGGACAAUUUCCUGCCGUACGAAUUUGAUUCUGACUCUGAGGAGGUCAAAAAGAAGAUGACUUACGAUGAACAAAGACUCCUGAGCCUCGUCAUGAAUCGGAUGAACAACGAGCAACUUCUGCACAUCGUCAGCAUCAUACAGCGAAGAGAAGAUGUUCGUUUAAGGAAGAAAUUGUUAAAAAGAACCUUUUUUUAACUUGAAAAGAAGUUAAAAAGAUAGCCUGACCGAUUUUUCACGCUUUUUUUGUCUACUUUAGCCAACAGUAGCGAAAUCGGGUGAGUAUUUGUUUUAGUUUUUUUGUCCGUGACUUUUUUUCAAAAAAACAGGAUUAUUGACCUGAAAUUUUAAAUAAUCAAGUGAAAUAGUGUUAGACAAAAAAAUAAAAAAGUUCAACAAAGAAAAAUUGAAAAAAAUUGAAACAAUUAAGCGGGAAGAUCUAAUACUUCGUAGCAUAGCCUUUAGAUUUUAUAACAGCCUUGCAUUUUCGGGGAAUCGACUCGGUAGGUUUGUCCAACUCGCUGAUUGCUAUCUUCUUCAAAAAUUCUUUUUCUUCUGAGUUUCAGAUCAAAACAAUUGUUUUCAACAAAGUUAUGAACGAAAAAAAUACUCGCCUAUUUCCGCUAAUGUAUAUAAAAUCAUACCUUUUUGUGGUUUCGAGACGCUUACCAUGUAAAGAGACACUUUUACAACUGUCCCAUUAUUACCGAAUUCUCGCAGAUCACAAGUAUGGCCGAGGACGGACAAAUGGAAAUCGACUUUGACCAGCUCUCGGAAGUGACGAUGAGAGAACUCCAAGCAUAUUGUCUGGCCGUGUUCCCCGAAGGUUUCGAAAAACAGCUGAAUGCCGAAAUCAAGAAGGAUCGGAGGAGGCCGAUAAAAAAAGAGCCGGAGCCGGUCAGAACGGCCCCACCGGACACAUCCGCAUCCAAGAAGAAACGUUGGUUCUUUGGUUUUGCAUGGUUUUUUCACUUGCCUUUUUUGCUCCCUGUGUUUUUUUGCGUGGAUGCUUGGUUUUGAUCGAAUUUAACAAGUUGUUUUCAUUUGAAGGCAUAUGGUGUUUUUGAAGUUCUUGCAUAGUCUCUAAUUUUCACUUUUAUGAAAUAGUCUCGAUAGAUCUGUCGAGUGCGCUCUAUGUCCAUUUUUUCCCUCACAAGUGAAGUGAUUUUACUUUUUGGUUGGGAGUUUUCUGAAAAUCUGUCAGAAUAUCCCGUGAAGUACCAAAUUGAGGUCCUGGAAGUCUUAACCUGCACAACUUCUUCGUUUUCAAGAAAGCUCCAAAAUGGCCUUUUUGACAGUUUUUGAUGGUUUUCUUUAUGCCGUGUUCAAAGUGAUUCCGCGAAAUUCAAAAUAGCCGUCAGAGAAAGAGAAAGAUAACUAAAUUUUGGAGGGUCAGAGACAAUUUCGCAUUUCGCGGAAAUUACUUUGAACACGGCAUUAACUUUGAAGGUUCCUUGCUUAAAAAAAAUUUAGAAGCUGUGCAGGUCGACUUUUAGAAUUCUUUUAUUGGUUCUUCAAGGAGUGUUCUGACUAAUUUUCAAGAAAUUCACAACCAAAAAGUAAAAUGACCUUCCUUGUCAGAUGAGAUUCUCUGUGACGUUCAACGUCAUCGUUUUUUUCAAAGCGAAAGCUAUGCUUUUUCUCUCACCCUUUGCCAAUUUGCACCUUUUUGCACGUUGCACGACCUUCAGAGCCGGAGUCGGAAAAACACGACGUCGCCGCCAUCACCAAGCGAUUCAGCUCCAAGGAGCCCGAGGAACUUCUUGCACGACGUCGCAAUCUGGAAGCCCAAAUUGCGCGACUCGAGGGAUGUAUUCUGAAGAAGACGACGGCGAAACCGACGGUCGGAACGAAACGCACGGCAAAGAAAGAGGAACCUCCUGGACCCGAACCUUUGUCCUCUGCUUCUAACACCGCUUUGCAUGCACUUUUUUCUGAUGGUAGGAAAGAUAGGAGGCAUAAAAUUUCCCCAAGAUUGGAUUUUUGUGUGGCUGAAUUUUUUUUUUUUCGUAGAGCUUACUAAUUCCUUUUGGAAUUUAAUUUCAUGAUCCAGAUAACUUCAUUCAAAAAAUGUAUUUCCUGACAGUUUUCUACGUUAAAUCCAGUUUUGGCAGUCCUAUGCGCCUUGAAUCCUUUUCUUUCACUUCAAAAUAUGUUUCGAUGAACCUUGAAAUGUUUAGAAAAGAGCGAGGAGCUUGGAAUGUCAGAAUCGUCGGACGCCGAUUCGGAUGCCUCUGCCGAUUCUUCAUCGUCUUCCGACUCUGACGAUGAGGAUGAGUAUCAAGGUUAGUUUGAGGGAAAAAGAGAAGAGGAUUUUUUUGAGAUUAUGAUCGAAAUUUGUGUCACGGAGGGAAUUUUUGAAUAUUCAGAGAAGUUAGGAAUCAUCAUAUUCGUUUUUUGGUCCUUACUUUUUUCUUAGUGAAGAUUUUUUCAAGAACUGAGAAAGCUGACAGUCUCUUUUAUCGAAUAGCAAACAUAAUUCGUGAAUUAUUUUGAAAAAAUGGCUUACGCUCCCUCAUCAUAGUUUCCGAUUCCUGAAACAGUUAGAAAAAGAAUGUCUUGAAGUUACAAACAUCGAAGUCGGAGUGGGAAUAAUCAAAGCGACAAUGACGGUAAAGACUAGUCUAGAUUACAAAAAUUGUCGCCAGAGUUUUUUUUAAAAGAAUCAUGGCCAGAUUCAAAAAAAGUCUCGAAGCGAAGUUGCGUCUUGAACAGUACAGUCCGUUUUGUCGACUUAAAAAAACGGGACUUCUCUGCGUCCUCCUCGUCUCUCUAAGAGUCUCUCAUGUUGACGGGCUAUUUUCGCCUUUCUCUAACCUCUGAGGGAACAGAGAGACGCAGACAUACAAAAACUUUCAAGUCGCGGCGAACAGACUAUCAGACUUAUUAGCAAAGGUUCUUGAAUCAACUAAAUAAGAUGAAAAUUUUUUUUUCCAUGUGUAGUCGUUUCACUUCUUUCUCUCUUCUCUCGGUCGUCGUGACUUUUGUUAACCGUCGUCCAACCUCUUCUUCUACCGUGUCCGAGCCACGCACUGUGAAUCUCAUUGCAGACAAGCCACGCCGUGGCCUAGAAGUUCAACGCCGCGCCUUCGACCCGUCGUCGUCCAAGCCUUCCGGAGCAGCCGUCGACCCGCCGCCGACCUCCAGGCCGCCUCAAAGGCCUUCAGCCCCGACCAAGCCCUCUGGUGGCAGUGGCGGUGGCCAGCGCCGUGAGAAUUUGCCUUCCUCAAAAGCGUACAGUUGAUUCACGGCUGGCUUGAGCCACAGUAACGUUAUGAAAAACGAGACAGUGCCUUUUCGGUUUAAAGCAUAGAUAGGCCACGCCUUUUUGCGUCUUGAGUUAGUCGUGAAUCGGCUAUAGUACUUUUUCAGCACUGAAAAUUGAGCUUUGAAAGAUACAACGAUUUGAAAGACUAGAGAGAAAAUGGUAUAGAGAUGAUGCGCUUCAUGGAUAGUUUUCAGAAGAACAUAUCCUCGAAAAUUCUUGAGAGGCACGGAUUUUUAUUCAUUGGUUUACUGAUCGCAGAAUAUUAAAGUCGAAAAAAAUGCAUUUAUAAAAAAAAUAACCCGAAAAAAAGCAAGAAGGUUAUGACUUCUAUCCUUGGAGCGCACCUUCUUCUUUCUUUUUUAAAUGAAGACUUUUUUUAUUCAGCAGAUUUUUCUUUGUCCUUGUCGUGAUCUUUUCUUUCUUCUGUUUUCGAUCGAGCGGUUUUGCAGGAAACGGGGCGGAUUUGAACGGAAAAAAUAGCCGCAAUUUUUGAUUUGAUUUUUUUUUAUUUGUUGCCAAGCGUUUCUACCAGCCGUUUAUUAUUUACAAACCAACUCACUAAUAGUUAUAGUAUUUAAAAAUUUAACAGAUAUAGCUGAUUCACGGCUGGUUUUAGUCGAAAAAAAGGAGUAUCAACGAGUUUAUAAAAAGGAAGAUUGUCUGGCUGGUACAGACAGUGCCACGCCUCUUAGCGUCCCAAGCCAGACGCGGAUCGGCUAUAUGAAAAAUAGUAUUAACACCUUAAUUCGUGUACUAACAAUCUCACUGUAAAUUUUCUUCAUGUCAAUCAAUAACGUGGGGGUGUAUGAAGACAAAACAUUUUAACGCAACUUUUUUUCGUUUAUAUUUUGAUUGUUGUUUUUAUACCUGUUCGAUUUUGCACUGUUUUUUUUUCUCAUUAUUGUUAUGUGGAACAUGAGGUAAUUUCAUCCACAGAGCACUCUUUUGUGCCCUGUUUGUUUAUUCUCUUUCAUACACCCUUUCGUAAUGUUUCGUUAUCUACUGCUUAGAAGACGUUCAGACCUCAAAAUCUCUGUACUUAUGUGUUAUUUCUCUAUUUUUCUCAUUACUACAGCAAAAUUAUCAAGAAAAUCUCGUUCUCCCAUUUCUUUCUUUGCAGAUAAUAAUUUAGCCAGUAUUCCAGUGAUUGCUUAUUCAAAAAUACAUAAUAAAGUGUUUGAAUGUUGUUGUGAGGUGCUAAAAAAAAGAAUGGAGUUUUCGAGGAUCGAGCUUUUCAACAGUGUUUACUAAGAAUGUCGAAGGGUUUUUUUGAGCUCAAUUUUCGAAUCUCCAUAGGUUUGCACUUUGAAAUGGCAUUAAAGCAGUUGAAGAAAAAAAUUAGUUUUUUUCUUUCAUAUAAAAAAUAUCAUUUCUUGUGCUCUCCUGGCCAGAAUUACAAAAGCGAAGCAAAAAGGAUGAAAAUCACGUUUAGCCGCGGUGAAUGAAGUGAAAAGGUCGUUCAACGCUGCACCGAAGCCCCAUCAGCCAAAAAUCGAGCAGCAACCGCGCCCCGUCGCUAAUAUGGGUUUUUCGUUUGCAACAUGCCUAUUUUGACGGCUUUUUUCGUUGUUUAGGUUCGGUCUCGAUUUUGGACACUCUUUUGCCUAAUGCACCAGAACCAACGACGAUGCCAGAGGUUGACCACAGGUCGAAUGGAGUUGACGAUCGUAGAAAGGUGUAUUUUGUAGAGUUUUUUUAAGGAAGUUGAAAAAUGGCAACGUGUUUCAAACUGCAGAGAAUGGAAAAAGUCGCUUGAGCAUGUUCCGGUUUUUUUGUUUGAGAACUCAGAUUCAAAAAAAAGGGAAAUAUUGUAGUCUUUUUUGAAUGAAAGUUGAAAUCGGGGAUCGUCUCAAAAAAAAAAAAUCGCCGCGCUUUUUCUCCAUUCCAAGAGAAUUGACUUGUCAUUUUCCAACCAAUUAUCCCAACAAAGGCACCAUUAAUUGAAACAUUUUCUCAUUUGAAGAUAGUAAUUGGUUUUUUUUUUUCUUGAUUUUAGUGCCGAUUGCAAUUGAGUACAAAAAAAAAAUGAAAGGUUAACCAGUUCCCGAGAUGACUCAAAAUGAUCUUUGAUGUGAAGAAGUAGAAGUCAAUUUGAACUUCUUUUUUCUUUUUUGUCUAUUUUUACGCCUGACACUCGUAUGGAAAAAAAAUUUUCUUGCAUCUAAAUACCCUAGUUAGAUAGGGAAAAAAGCAAGUUUGCGACGUCGUGUGUUGACAGCAUUGGCGACAACAAGUUCAGACCUGUCUUGCGAGUUAAUUAAAAAAGUUCUUUUCCCCAUUUCUUUACGAUUUUUUUCAACCCUUGAAAAUAUUUAAAAUGCGAUUUUCGGCGUUUUCCUACCUUAAAUCAAAUAAUAACGUGUUCGGUAAAAAUUAUAUGUCUCUCAAGAAAAACGAUAGCACGAAGAAGUGACGUGGUUGGUCUUUUUAGAUGUGAAAUUAAUAAAAAAUUCACGGCUUAUUACUUAUUUUUUUCAUGUUUGAAGUUUUUUUUUGAAGCUAUCUACAUGAAAGCUGAAACUUGACAUCAAAACCCACAAAUUUUCUAGGUAUCCGACCUUUGAAAAAGAGUAAUUCGAACACUAUUAUCAGCUUUUCCUUUUCCUUUUUUAGCUUUUUUGGUUUCGUCACAAUGUCCCUGGUGCGCAGUUAAGACAUCCUUUCAAAGCUGUUUUCUUCUAUUUUUUGCUCGAGCCUCAUUUUUAAGUUGGCAUCGAGAUCGAGUACGUAGAUUUUGAAAAAAAAAGUAUUUGAUGAAAAAAAUUAAUGGAUUUUCUUCAAGUUGUCAUGAAUGAGUUUGUUUCUUCUUGAAGGUGUACCAAUUAUAAAAAAAAUUUCACGUUGAAAAGAAACUUUUCUCAUAUUCCUAAAAUCAGUAAGAAUUAAUUAUUUUCCAGCACCGUGCGGUGACGGAUUCCCAAUCGAACAGCUAUAGAAGCCAGCCGAUUUCUCAGCCCUUCGAAACCGAAGAGGAGAAAGAAGAACGACGAAUUCAGCAGAUGCGUGAGGAGGUCUACUAGUUGUCCUUUUCUCUAUGAAUCUUUUAUUAAGUUCUGUUAAAAGGGUGGGAAAAGAACUUCUUCUCUUUUCCAUUCGCAUUCCUCGGAAAGGCAGUGGAAAUUUGACUGUUUCCUUCUUGAUUUUGUUCAUACAAAAUUUUAAAAAAUUUGAUUUGAUAAAAUGAUCAGAGACUGUCAGUGACCACUAGAAUGCUGUCAGCGUUUCGACUCAAAGGAAAAUGAAAACGGUUUUGCCAACUUUUUUUAUUUUAUCAUAAAAGCAAGGCAAAAAAAAUAUGAGAAUUUGUUUAUGGGUCGAAGUUGCUUCCGACGCUUUAUAUUCGCCUUUCCGAUGCAAUUUGGCAUGUGAAUGUCAUCUUUAAGCCACAUCGUUCCGCUCUUCUUCUUUUUCGCGGCAAAGUGAUGAAAAAAAAAACGUGCCGGCUACAAUUUUCCCCUUUAUAAUGAGUACUUUUUGCCAGGAUAUGCAGCGUCGGGCUCUGGAAAACGACGCGCCAAUGACGACGCAGAUGGAACUGAUGGCCCAGUUUGAAUCCGACAUUUCGGCCUAA